CAAUGUUUUCAGUGAUGUAUUGAGAUUGGCUGUGCUCACUGGGUUAUUUCCCUCAUCUGUUGAUCAAUUUUAAACCAUUUGUUGCUGCUACGGAAUGGAAUAAUUACCAGUGUCGCAUGCACCGAGCGUGUUUAGGAAUACAAAUUAUUAUUUUUCAAAAUGAGGAAGUUAAAUGGAACACGGAGACCACAAUCAUUAUAUGAUGACCAAGACGAUGAAAAAUUGGAUCUUAAAAUUGACAGCAUUGCUCCUAAAAAGAAAACACCAACGUUUGUUUAUGUUUUGACAUUUUUCUCUGCUCUUGGUGGUUUUUUGUUUGGAUAUGACACCGGUGUUAUCUCUGGUGCUAUGAUGCUUCUCCGUAACGAGUUUCUCCUAUCAUCCGUAUGGCAAGAACUAAUAGUUAGUGUCACUGUCGCCGCUGCAGCUGUAUUUGCCUUAAUAGGGGGAUGUUUAAAUGAUCGUGCAGGACGUCGACCGGUUAUAAUGUCCGCAAGUAUUAUUUUCACAAUUGGUGCGCUAUGUAUGGGUAUAGCAAGAGACAGGUACCUUCUCCUGGCAGGGCGUGUUGUGGUUGGAGCAGGAAUAGGUUUAACAUCAACAACGAUACCAAUGUACCUAGCGGAAUGUGCCCCAUCUCAUGUGCGUGGAAGAAUCGUAUCCACAAAUAUUGCAAUGGUAGCGUUUGGACAAUUUAUUGCAAAUCUUGUUGAUUGGAUUUUUAGUCCGGAUAAACUAAAUGGAUGGCGGUACAUGCUAGGACUUGCUGGAAUACCAUCUUUUAUUCAGUUCCUUGGCUUCGUGUUCAUGCCUGAGAGUCCUCGUUGGCUAAUUAAAAAUAAAUAUGAAGAGAAAGCCAGAAGGGUUUUACAGAGCAUGAGAGGUCAACUUGACAUCGAGGAAGAAUUUCAAGCUAUCAAGAGUAGCUUUAGAACAGAGGACAACGAGCAACAACCCUCUAACAAGCCCAUAUUUAUACAAAUGUUACAGACUCCGUGUGUGAGAAGAGCACUACUUGUUGGUUGUAGUUUGCAAAUGUUUCAACAACUAUCAGGAAUCAACACGGUAAUGUAUUAUACUGCAACUAUAAUCCAUAUGGCAGGUGUAAAAAAUGACCAGACGGCGAUAUUACUUUCAGCAGUCAUGGCGGCAAUCAAUUUCCUGUUUAAUGUCCUUGGACUUUAUUUAGUAGAACGAAUUGGAAGACGUGCAUUAACUAUAAGCAGCUUAAUAGGUGCUGUGGUAAGUUUAGCAUGGCUUGCAGUAGGAUUUCAUUUAUCUGCUCUUCAUACUCCAGGAAUAUCAAUGGUAGAGCAUUCUGCGAGAGGGACACCUUGUUCAACAUAUAAAACAUGCAAUGACUGUAUGCAAGACUUGUUUUGUGGAUACUGCUAUCAAGACGUCCGCCAUGCUGCUGUAAAUAGUUCCUGUUUACCUACAACAUACGAUAACCCAUGGGUAGCGACAGGAGGAAGAUGUAACACAACGGACCUGAAAGGAGAUCUUACAUGGGCGUAUGAUUUUUGUCCUACAGACUUCUCGUGGAUGCCUAUGAUCGGCUUAGUACUUUAUCUCAUAUUUUUUGCCCCAGGUAUGGGACCAAUGCCAUGGACAAUAAACUCCGAGAUUUAUCCUUUAUGGGCAAGAAGUACGGGAAAUGCUGUAUCAACUUUUACAAACUGGAUUUUUAAUCUGGCUGUUUCUAUGUCAUUUCUAAGCCUUACAGAGAAUUUGACCAGAUUCGGUACAUUCUGGUUAUAUGCUGGACUUGCAUUUGUUGGCGUUUUAAUUAUUGGUUUUACUCUACCGGAAACAAAGGGGAAAAGUUUGGAAGAAGUUGAAGGGUUAUUUGCCAGGCCUUGGUGUGGUGCGGCCGGGCCAACGAUAGAUUACAACACAAACACAAUACAAUAUGUUCACAUAAGAGGCCUAAACAGAGAUGGAAGAGAAUCUGAAUUAGAGUCACCAGAAUGAUGAGAGCUGUAACCAUAUCUAAUUCGGGAUAAUCAAAUACUCUCGAUAGAUCAGUGAAUGUGUACACAACCAAAAGUCAACAUUAAAUCAAUAUAUCUUGCAAACUUUGCCUCAUACGCACACAGGGAUUUAAUCUUUAUUCAUUUGCAAAAGUAAAAUAUGUGAAUUUGCAAUUGAAAAAUUUCUGGUACCGUACUUAUUGUCGAUUUUAAUAGGUUUUUAGAUCCAUUUUAUUCGAAGAGAAUGGGGGGAGAAACUUUUUUUAAAUCUAAAGGAAAAGGAUAAUUUACAGUUGUUUUCUUUUUAUGAUUAUUUACCAUCCCAUUUGAGGACAUAUUUCCAUUGUAAAGACUAAUGGUUAUAAGGCCUGUUAUUUCUGUUCUUAUAGUUUCAAUUUUUGUUUUAAGUAAUUAAGUUUAUUGUCAUUAUUUGAUUAUAUUUGAAUUUAAGGAAAUAUUUCACAAAAAAAAAAAAAAACUGAUCAACAUCUGAUGAAAAUACUGAUGUUUUUACAUAGAGUAUCAUUAGUAUACAUGUCAGUUUAAGCUUGUCCAGAUUCAAUAUUAAUGAUAGAACUUCAUAUCAACACCUUGCAUUGUUGAAAAUAUAUCUGUAUUGUUGGAUAAUAACUAAGUGUGCCAAUUGGUUGCUGACUCAUGGACGUAUUCAUAUUGCUGGAAGACAAUUAAUUUCAGUGAACACAUGAGAAAGUUGUUUUUUUUUUUAGAUUAUGUUUAGCUAUUUUGUCAAAAAUCAUGACAUAUAUACGCCAUCACGAUGACCGAAAAGCAACAUUAUGGGAAUAAAUCUUAUUUUUCUGACGUGUGAACGUAUUGGUGUAUUGGCAUUCCAAAUUUAUUGCAAGACUCUAAAAAUCCCUGGUUCCUUUCACAGGGGAAAAUUCAUAGUUCUAAUAUGAUUUUGUACAGCAUGUUUGGGUUUUGUUGAUUCUAUGAGACCAUUAUCAUUUUAAAGGUUAAUUUCAAAAGAUCGUUUGGAGAUGGCGAUUCUAAAAAGUACAAAUCAUAAACUUCAAUUUCAUAAUAACUGAAAUGGAUAUACAAUCUACUGGGCAAUGUCCACAAAAUAUGUGGUAUGUCUUUGUAAUAUAACAGAUAUGCAUUUUCUAGGUUUUAGAAUUUAAAAAUGAAUAAAUGAAAAGCGUUUAUGAGGAUAAGAAAUUCGUUCUUAAUUGUGUAUGAAACUUAUAUAUCAUGACAACACAUGUAUCCCGAUAGACAGUGUUGGUAUCUAAAAAAAAUUUGUGAUGUGCUGAACAAUUCAUUUUAAUGUAAAUAUCUUGGUUAAAUGUGGGGAAUAGAAAAUGUUCUGGGUUGUCGUUUUCGCAAUUGUAUGAAAAUGAUAGUUUAUAAUUCAUGUUGUUAUCAAAUUACAACCGAGUAAAUUGUGAGCCUUUUCCAUUAUGAUGGUACGGUUACAGUGUAGUAUAGUGCAGUAUUUAUAAUUUCUAUAUUGAUUAUAUAGAAAUAAUAUCAUAAUUGAAAAAAAACGACACGUUUUGUUGUUAAAGCAUGUCUGAAAAAGUGUUUAACUGCGAAUGCUUGUCGAUCGUUCAUAAAUUGUGAUAAUAGUUUUCUUGCUAUAAACGUUUCUACCAAGUUUUCCCACCUUAUUACUUGUGUGGUGUAUAUUAUGUUAUCAAGGUGACAUCAUAUGUGAAUUCUGUUGUCAAACUAUCGUCACUAGUUAUCGAUAAGUCUUUUUUUUCAUUAUCGUCAAUAAUCAUUUGGUACUAAUUAUUAAAUAUUUUAUAUUAUUUUUAAACCAGGGUGAUUUUCUACAUAAAAAUGUGAAUCGAUAUCAUUAAAUUGACUGGUCUGAUAAAUUGCAGUUACUUCAUGCAAUUAAUAAUGUAUUAUGUCCGAAACGGUUAUUUGUUUGUUUUUGUUUUUUUCUAAUUUUUACAUUUUAGUCCUUAGACUCCAAAAAAAGAAUUUUCCAUAUAAAAUAAAUUAAGAUAUAUUAAUUACACUCGUUUUAACUGACCUUAAUGAAUUUGACUAUCUUCACAAGUGCAAAGUUUUUCGUCGCAUGUCCUAUUUGUAAGGUUUUUGUCACAAGUUAUCGUUGUAAUUUUAGACGCCAUCUAUCAGUGUCAAUCUGAACAAAUAAAUAAUUAGUUCAAAGUUUUCUCUGAAAAACAAAACUUUCGACUACUGCAAUUAAAUGUACGAUCAGAAUUUUUUUUAAGCUUGAUUAAAUUUUAGUUUCUUGAAAUACAAAUUUCCAUAUGCUACAAACAUCAUUAUUUGAUAUUUAAACCUUAAUUGAACAAUCAAAAAUUACGAUCACGAUUUAGAAACUUUAGUAUCCGAAUCUUCGAAUGGCAAAAACGAAUCUAACAUUAAAGAUAAAAUGAUUUGAUAAAUUGGAACACUUACAGAUGAUUGUUAAAUUCGCUAUAUCAUUUUACCGUUAGCCCAAUAACAUUAGGACAGAAAACUAAAUGUGAUUUAAAGGGUGUUAAAGAUAGUUUUGGCAGAAAAAGAUAAUAAAGAAAAAGUUUUUUUUUUAAGAAUUUCUUUACAUAUAAAUUCAAAAAGAUAUUCGAUAACACUGUCCACAUCGGAUGUUUUUACGCAAUGACUUACUUGUAAAAUAAUUUUCUAAACCUUUAGAUUCCAAUUAUUGUUACAAAUAAAUCAAAAUUUGUAAAUCAAGGUUAGCAUGAUUAUAUACAAUUUUCUUAUCGCCAGAAUAAGUAAUGAAGGAGAAAGUUUGAUAUAUCCAGUUUACAGCCUUGAAAUUGAAUUUGAAAAUCGGUGAACCAUUGUUGCUUCUUUUUACCAACUGAAAACAGUUUACAGACUGAAUGCUCCAUUCAUGAUUUUCAUAUCAAACAUGUCAAUUAAUUUCCGUGUGCAGCCUACAUAUAUAUAUAUAUAUAUAUAUAUAUAAGAUUUUAAGAAAUGAGAUAAUUGAGUAACGUCGCGUUGAACAGACAUCAAACUUUUCCUAAAAAUUCAUUUGACACACCAUGAAAGGUAUACCACUUAAUUGAAAACAAUAUUUAGUGAAGAUACUCCUGCAUUUGAUAAUUAAUCUGCUGUGAAUGAUAUCUAGUUAGAUCCUUAUAUUAGCAUCAAAACCAAUAAAAUGUGUGCUGGUUAAGAUACAGUUAAUACGAACUCAUAAAUCGUAACUCUGAGCUAAAAUGGUUUUCACUGCCGUGACAUUCUUAUUCUUUUGUUGUAUUUUCUUGAAUUUUGCAAUAUAUUUCAAAUUUGUUAAUUACUAGACAUGCCACACUUGUACUUUAAUAACAUUUUAGAAUUUGUAUGCAACAAUUAUUUACAACAUCAUACGAAUGCAUUAUAAAAAUAGAUUUAAUCUUUUGUAAAAGAUAGAAAGGUUCAAGAACAAAUGAAUUUUAAUCUUGUUUGUAUAUUACCAAAAUGUGAAUAUGUGGUGUUCAAAAUGUGUUUUGUAGUUUUAUACUUUCAUAAGAUAUAUAUUGUAGUAGCUUAUUUUUUUGUGAAAGUAGUGGCCCAAAACGUACGUAAUAGUCACUUAACGUAUAUAUUAAAUGUCUUGUAUAAAGGAAGUUUCUCAUUUGUAUAAAACAUACCUCAUAUUAUCGCAGUUUGAUAAAUGAAAAAAAGGAAACUCUAUUUUGACUGUAGUUUUGCAUAAACUGUAAAGGGAAUUCACUGAUAGCUUGAAUGGAGUUGAAAUAAUCGCACCUAAAAUUUUUCUUCGGUUUAUCCUAUCGAUAUGCAGUGAUCUUAACAACGAGACCUCUCGUUAGAA